CGAAUCAGCACAUGCAUGACGCACGAUGCGGUAUGUUUGAAUUGUGCCUACUUGUGUACUACGUACGGAUCGAUCGAACACUACCACAACCGAAUAAUACUACUUGGCUGUGAUAGCACUGUAACUGACUGCACAAACACUCACUCAUGAGUUCAUAACUGCAGUACUUAAAUGAUUUCGGAAAAGUUAUCACUUACAUAUUUCUGACGCGCAAGACCCUGUAAAGUUACGCAGGUUUUAUCUGACGUAUUUUUCUGUGCCGCUACUGCUAUAAAAAUUUUGCGCUAUGGCCACAAUAAAGCCCCACAUUACCGUCAUUACGAGUAUUUGAUUCUUUGCAGUAAUUAUAAUCAACGCUGUCCUGUGCUGAAGAUCUGUUUCCAUUGUCGAGCACAGAAAUGCACUCACAAAACUUUAACUAAUGUGAAUAAUGCCUGUCUUGUAUACGCCUUGCUGGUGCUAAAUCUCGCAGGCAGGAUCUGUCAUGGAUACUCCCGAUUGAGAUGAUUUAUUUUCGUUACAUUCGAACUGUAUUAUUGCAUGUUCCGAAAAGAUUAUGAGUCGUUCAUUCAUUUGUUGAUUAUUUUUGGAGUUUGUGUUUUAUUGCACGUUCCAGAUUCCGCAUCGGUAACAUGCAACACGUGCCUCGACGACCCCCACGAGCCCACGAAAUGCCUGAGUGGCAGCGCCGAUACAGUGGAGAAGUGCUUCGACAACAUGACCACCUGCGUAGUCUUCGCGGGUUUCCGGAGAAAACCACCCGACAACACUUCAUUCCGUAAACGAUCUGCACGCCUCGCUUUUUCCCGACUAACUUUAACAAGUCGUUUCGUGUAGGGCCAGUGAUGUUCCGCCGCUGCCCAGAAUUCAGCUUCGUCCUACCGGAUUUCAAUAAUUUCAAUAUCGGACGGAAUCGCCUUCCGAGUAAACCCAGUUUCCUCUGCUUUCUUAUGGAUGAGUACUAGCAGGGAGUCGGCGAGGGCAUCAGCAUGGUGGAUCGGCGGUGCGUGUGCAACGAGGAUUAUUGCAAUAAUAAAACAUGGGACGAGAUCAUGACGGAGUUCACUUUGCCGAAAGACUUUGAGAGGAACAGAACAGCAGUACCAAUAAAAAAUCCCUUAGGCAACAACUCUUUAUCGCAUGUCGUGCAAGCACUGAAUCCCAGUCAAGCGCCGGACGGAAAUGGUUCGCAGCCAGUUGAAGGUAGCUUUGGUGUGACGGCGGUGACUAAGCCCAGUGGCAACGACAUGAACAGCGAUGCAGCCUCUGCAGGUUCAGCAACAAAAGGCGAAGGUUCAACGUACGUGACACUUUUUGGACGCGCUGGAUCCAGCACGGGAUUAAUUGUGGGAAUAGCGGCAGGAGUGGUGAUUCUGGCGGUCGUGGCUGGUGGAUUGUGGUACUGGUUUAAAGUGCGCAAGCGAAAAGAUAGCACAAGUGGCAAAAGUGGUAACAGUGCCCGUAGUGGCAGUACUGCCAAUAGUCAAGACACGGAUGCCAGCGAAGAAGAACAAUGUAAACGAGGCGAAGGUCAAGCUGAAACUCCGAACACCGCUGUUGUUGUGUGGCACAACACGGCUGUUUUUAAAUUUUUAAAAUUAUCUACCUUCACUGUUAUCUCUUUACGAUAAGUACAAUGGGUGGAUGUUAAGC